UGGACAAAUAUACUGAGGACAUCAGAAAGUGGGAAAAACUGUCAUGGAACUCAGUAGGGCUUCCGUAGAAAACACACACCGUCUUGAACCCCAACAUGUCAUCUUUUGUCUCCAGCAUGGUUCAGAAGGUAGCCGUGAUUGGCGCCGGGAUGUCAGGCCUGACCAGCAUCAAAUCCUGUUUGGAAGAAGGUCUGGAGCCCACCUGCUUUGAGAGCGGUCCUGACAUCGGCGGUCUAUGGAGAUUUAAGGAGGAACCGGAGCCCGGACGGGCCAAUAUCUACGAGUCUGUGGUACUCAACAGCUCCAAGGAGAGGAUGGCCUUCAGUGACUUCCGCGACGGGCGGCAGGAGAGUGAGGUUUUUGACGCCGUGAUGGUCUGCACGGGACUCUUCACCACCCCCAACCUGCCACUCAAAGACUUUCCAGGUAUAGAGAGCUUCACUGGCAAGUACUUUCACAGCCGGGAAUACCAAAACGCUGAAGAUAUGCGCGGGAAAAGAGUGGUUGUCAUCGGGAUUGGAAGUUCCGGAGGUGACAUCGCGGUGGAGAUCAGUCAGGUUGCUAAACAGGUGUACCUGUGCUCAAGGAGCGGGGCAUGGGUCGUAAGCCGCGUGGGACCCCGGGGCCUCCCAGUGGACAUGAUGUACAGCUCCCGCAUGGAUCAGAUGCUCAAAAGCCUUUUCCCUUCUCAGAGCAGCAGGACAAUUGAGAAGAUGUUGAAUAACGUUUUUGAUCAUGAGCUCUAUGGACUGAAGCCACAACACAGUAUUUCUGAGAAAAACACCGUGGUGAGUGACGCCCUACCGGCUCGGAUAAUCUCAGGCCGCAUUCAGUUAAAGAAAAACAUCAAGGAGUUCCGUGGAUCCACUUUGGUCUUUGACGACGGCAGUGCUGUCGACCAGGUGGACGUGGUGGUGUUCGCUACAGGAUACAAAUACAGCUUCCCCUUCCUGCCACCGAACCUGCAGGAGAUGUCGGGUUACCACCUGUGCCUCUACAAACAUGUGUUCCCACCCAGGCUCUCUAAACCUACGCUGGCAAUGGUGGGAUUAAUUUUCGGCCAGGGGUCACAAUCACCGCUGGCAGAGAUGCAGGCCCGCUGGGCCACCAGAGUUUUCAAAGGUUUAGCAAGGUUACCGACCAAGGAGAUGAUGCUGGAUAAAAUAGCAACAUUAACAGGAACGAUGCACCAAAGGUACGCCUGCUAUGAGGGUACCCCCAUCCAGGUGAAGUACAUGUCCUACCUGGAUUCAGUGGCAUCUCAGAUCGGGGUUAAACCAAAUAUGGCACUGCUGCUCCUGAAAGAUCCCAGAUUGGCAUUCCAGGUGUUGUUUGGGCCUUUCACAUCCUAUCAGUACCGACUGAGCGGGCCGGGUCGUUGGGCCGGGGCUCGCCAGGCCAUCUUUUCUCAGUGGGACCGGGUGGUUCGGCCAUUCAACAAAAAAGUGGACCCGAAAGCCCUUAAGAUCAGAAUGGUCCCAAAAGCGCCGUCCUCCGUCGUGGGCAUGGUGCUUUUUUCGAGCGCAGCCCUGUUGUGCGGAUCCUUCUACAAUACUUAACGGACUCUGUCUUCCAAGACUUGAAAUAUUUUAAGCGAGUGUACUGCUAAAUAUUUACCGGUACAUUCAUGCAAUUUACAAACACAUUAGUUUAUAAACACCGUCACUACAUGACCACAACCAAGUGCACUUUGUGGGAGGUAAAAUGUUUCGCUCGCAAGCUAGUGAGCUUAACCAGUGAUUCCCAAGCCUGUUUUGUCGUUUGCCUCCCAAAACCUCUCGUCAUACCAUGAAUACUUCCUCAGUCAUGCUAGCAUAGGCUCCAGCAUGCCCUCUACCCUCGUGAGCAUAAGUGGCUGAGAUAAUGUUUCCAAG